UUGCGUUUAAGUCUCUGCAUUUUUUUUUCGUUAAAUAUUUUUUCUGAAUCGGACCAGGGUUUGGAGAGAGAGGGGAGAGGGGGGCUUUGUUAUCAGGGAGGAAAGAAAGAAAUGCGUUGUGCUGGAAGGGUGGAUCUCCUUACGGCCGGCCUGAGACUGGAUCCCGCGAUCUCUGGGAUUCGACCUUCGAGGAGUCUCGUGUAAAAAGUUGAUGGAAUGAAUGGGAUUCGAUGCCGGGGCAAAGAAUUGAGGAGUAACGAGGGUUUGAAUUUAUCUGUUUAGUGAAAACUCGGUGGUAAUCGAGUUAUUUUUGAGCGAUGCUGCCUGCACGAUGAGCAGCUCCGGCGAUGACGACGAGGAUGUACAAUUCUUCGAGUCUUUGGACCGAAUCCCCUCUGAAGAAGAGGAGGAUGUUGAUCUUGUUCAGGAAAACUCCCGCAGCGGCAUAUCGAAUCGUCGUAAUAAUAAUGACGUUGAGGGAGCUAAGCGUAAUAAGAAUUCUUCGAAGUAUGAAAUUUGGAAGGGCGAGCCCGGUUCUGUGAAGGAACGCCGACAGCGGCUUCUCCGAGAGCUGGGGCUCAGCAAUGACGGGGAUUUGAAAGCUGAUGUGAAUGCCAAUGGAAGGCGAGUGCAUUUUUCUGAAUUUCAGCCCGCGGCAGAAUGUACUAGCAGCGAUAGAGCCCUAGAUGGAUCCAUUCUGGAAAAGCCUUUGUCGGACGGCUCAAAUCCUCGUGAUUUAGCAAAUGUCAACUCUCCUAAUGGCAGGAUUAAGCUUGAUCAAAAGAAACAUAAUUUGGGUCAUUUAAACAGAACUGACACAAAAGAGCCAACUAAUUUGCACUCUCUGCAGAGUUUCUCUAGUGGUGACCUUAGGGAUGAGGUAGGAGAAGUUACGGGUGGGGUUAACUCUGCCUCUGAUAGCAGUGGAGAGCUUUUUUGCAAGAUCAAAAACCUAGACAAUGGGAAGGAGUUUGUUGUGAAUGAGAUAUCAGAGGAUGGUACAUGGAAUAAACUUAGGGAAGUAGAUACUGGCAGGCAGCUAACUGGGGAGGAGUUUUUUCAAAGGGUUGUUGGGCAUUCUCCUCUUGUUCAAGAACUCAUGAAGCGGGAAAGUGUAGAACAAACAACACAGAAACAGGGUUCUGAUUCAAAUAGCAUAAAUGGCUUAAAGACAAAAAAGAAAGGAGGCUGGCUGAAGACGAUAAAGGGUGUUGCUCACACAAUGAGGAGUAGUAACAAAGAGAAGAAGAGUAGUGAUGAGAGAGACACCUCUUCUGAAAAGGGUGGUCGGAGAUCUAGUUCUGCUACUGAUGAGAGCCAGGAUUUUUUUUGCAAUAUGCUAAAGAAGACAAAAGUAUGGCAGUAUGGUAAGUCUUGCAAGGAGUUCACUGCACUUUUCAUGGGUCAAGAAAUCAAGGCACAUCAAGGUUCCAUAUGGGCAUUGAAGUUCAGUUUGGACGGCCGAUAUCUUGCUAGUGGUGGUCAGGAUCGCACAGUUCAUGUGUGGCAGGUGACAGAGUCAAAACAGAAACAAGAUGUAUCUGUGGAAAAACCAGAAGAGGGUAUUUCUAACAACUAUGCCAAUGCCAAUGGUUCAACAGAGUAUGUGUCCAUGAAUAUUGAAAACCCUGCAGAUAAGAAAAAAAAAGGCAUGUUCAUGGGUGGCAGAAAGAGCUCGAGCACAAGUGCGGACUGCAUUUUCCCACCUGAGAGUAUUUUUAAGCUUUCAGAAAAGCCACACUGUUCUUUUCAAGGUCAUUUGGAUGAUAUAUUGGACCUUUCAUGGUCCCAAUCUCAGUAUCUACUAUCGUCAUCAAUGGACAAGACGGUGAGAUUGUGGCAUAUAUCACAGAAAAAUUGUCUGAGAAUGUUUAAACAUAAUGACUAUGUCACAUGCAUCCAGUUCAACCCUAUUGAUGAUAGAUACUUCAUUAGUGGCUCACUGGACAAAAAAGUUCGAAUUUGGAGUAUUCUUUCUCACAAAGUUGUUGAUUGGACUGAUAUAUAUGAAAUGGUUACUGCUGCAUGCUAUACUCCUGACGGACAGGGAGCAUUUGUUGGUACUCAUAAGGGAAAGUGCCUCUCCUAUAAUGCAUCAGGCAACAGGCUUCAGGAGGACACACAUAUUGAUGUGCAGAAAAAAAAGAAAUCAUCCCGUGGAAAGAAAAUCACUGGAUUUCAGUUUGUGCCAGGAAAUUCGCGGAAAGUAUUGAUUACAUCUGCUGAUUCACGACUUCGCAUUUUAGAUGGUUCUGAGCUUGUUCAAAAAUUUAAAGGUUUUCGGAACACUAAUAGUCAAAUAUCGGCUUCAUUCACCAUGAAUGGGAAAUAUAUUGUUUCUGCAAGUGAAGAUUCUUAUGUAUAUAUCUGGAAUUAUGAUUUUCCCAGUAAUCCGGCUGCUAAGGAUCAAGGGAUCUGUCGGGCUUAUGAAUAUUUUCUUUCUCGAAAGGUCUCAGCUGCCAUUCCUUGGCCUGGGAUGAAGUCUGAAACCUUUGCAUUGAGUUCUGGUGAACUGAUACCUGCUCAUGGGCACAAUCCUGAACUGUUUGCACAUGGAAUAGGGAAUGGAGGACGAAAGAGUGGGCCCUUCCCACAUCCAUCCACCAGUCAAGGCUGUGAGGUUAGUCCGGGCAGUCCUCUUGUACCAAUCUCAGGUAACUCAGAUAUUCAGGCCAAUAUGGAUCAAAUAAAUGGCAUUAUUUUGGAAGGAGAAAGGAUUAGUAGCAAGAGUGAGGAAUCGGUUCGAGAAAAUCAUCGAAUAAGUGAUUUUGGUACCUUUCCAGAUUCUAUUGCAGGUUCACUCCAAGUAAAUUUAACUUCUUCUGCUAAUCUUAGAGCUCCAGAUCAUUCAAGUCCAAAUCAUGGGCUUUUUGUUGAUAGUCUGUCUAAAGGUUCAGCAACAUGGCCUGAGGAGAAACUUCCGGCCUUUACCUUUCGAAGCCCAAACCUAGCCUCUUCUGAGCUCCCAAACAACAGCAUUUGUGAUUCUGGUGAUAAUCAUAUUCAAGACCAGUCUACACCAACUGCAUGGGGCUUAGUAAUUGUUACUGCAGGUCUUGGUGGUGAGAUAAGAACAUUCCAAAAUUAUGGCUGGCCUGUUCGCAUUUGAGAUACCAACUUGUGGCUUGGUUGUUCCUAUCUGAAAGGAAUUCAUAGGAUGCUUGUAGCAGUGAUAUAAAUGACAUUUUACGAGCAGUGCUUGCGAGCUUCAUGUUCUGACGCCUUCAUGUCUUGCUCAUGUCCUUCAGAAUUCAUUGUAAUGUAUAGAUUCUUUCACGGGAGUUACGUCUCCUAGCUCAUAUUCUUUUUAAAAAAUUCAACAAAGAAUCCUUGGUUGUAAGAUAAGAAAUUAUAUGUCAAUUUGUUGGCAAGAAAGAGAGGAUGGUUAUAUGGAGCACAGGUUUGCUCCUGCAUUUUCUUCAUUGUAAUACAAGUGAAGUGUUGUAUUUGUAAUUAUCUCGUCACGAAGGAUUUAAUCUUGCUUCCAAUGGUUUAGGUGCCAUUGUUGAGCUAUAUUUCAAUCUCACAAGAGCUUAAUGAGCAGUUUCUUAGUUUAACGAG